AUUUCAUUUCAUUACCUUUUUUUAAUAAUUCUGACAAUGAUCUGCUACCUGUCCAAGUUCAGGCUCCCUCAACCUUCUCUUCACGCUUCCUUGUGCUUUCAGCGCUUGACCCAUCUUCAGAGACUGCAUACCCAUAUCAAUAAAUCUGGCGCUAUUUCGGCCCCAUAUAGUAUUGUCUUUGACAUUGAUGGUGUGCUGGUCAAGGGAAAACAAGUUCUCCCACAGACGCGACACGCACUAGAGUUACUUUGGAAGAAUAAGGUGUCCUAUAUCUUCCUCACGAAUGGAGGUGGCGUGCGAGAGGUUCAAAAGGCAGAGGAGCUUUCCAAGAAGUUAGGUGUCCCUGUCAAUUAUGAACAAUUAAUAGUUUCUCAUUCACCCAUGCGUGCGCUUGUCCCAAAGUACAAGGACGCCAAUGUCUUGGUCGUCGGUGGCAAGGGUUUAUCAUGUAAACACGUUGCAGAGGACUAUGGAUUUAAGAAUGUUGUGACACCAGAGGAAAUCCACAACGCUCAUCCCUCAGUCUUCCCUCUUUCAACCCAUCAUACACGGCCUACCUCACUUGAAGAAGAGUACAUACGAAAACUUGAAAAACCAAUCGAUGUAGUCAUGGUGUUCCACGAUUCUUUGAAUUGGGGUCGAGAUCUUCAGAUUUGUUUGGAUGUGCUUGUUUCCAAAGGCGGAAAAUUAGGAACUAUAAAAGAUCCAGAUGAGUUACACUCAUCGAAGCAAAGUACUCCAAUCUACUUUUCGAAUCCAGAUGUGGUCUGGAGUACCGAUUUUCCAGUCCCCCGUUUCGGCCAAGGGACUUUCAAGCUUUGUCUUGAGAAAAUCUACAAACAUUUGACAGGUCAGGAACUCGAAUAUACAACUUUUGGAAAGCCAAUGAAGAGCACCUACGAGUAUGCAGAGUCGGUUUUGGACAAGAUUUCGCCCUUGGCUGAUGGGGACAAUACCAAAAGGACUGUCUAUGUUGUGGGUGACAAUCCGUCUUCAGAUAUUGCAGGAGCAAAUGCAUAUGGUUGGAACUCGGUAUUGGUCAAGACCGGGAUAUUUAAACCCAAGAACAAUGAAAACCAUCAUAUCCAUCCUGCUACAGUAGUUGUUGACCAUGUCGAGGAUGCUGUCCGUUGGAUUAUUGAGAAGGAAAAGAUGAAGACACAGAAACAAUAAACAGUAUUGGCCUGGAUAUUAUGUCG